AACUACAAAGGUCACCUUGAUAAAGUGUGCGAUAGGUUUGAAUUCAGUAUUUUAUAAUUUAUUGCAGUAGCUAAUAGACGUAAUUUUUAAAUGGUUACGGAGUGCUAUGAGAUAUUAAAAUUCUUGUCUUUAGUAAGAGAUUACUAAACUGGUGCAGUGUUACUUAAAAAAGAUUGUGUUUAAAUUUUUUAAGUUGUCCAGGAACUUUUUUGCCUAAUAAUGGACGGGACAACACAGAAAUUCAUAGAAAGAGGGUCCCAUAAGGGGAAGGGCCUCGCUGUAUUUACAAGCGGUGGUGAUUCCCAAGGCAUGAAUGCUGCAGUACGUUCCGUAGUGCGUAUGGGUAUUUACUUGGGAUGUAAGGUAUACUUUAUUCGGGAGGGUUACCAGGGCAUGGUGGAUGGUGGUGAUAAUAUUGAAGAAGCAAACUGGUCUUCAGUAAGCUCUAUCAUUCACAAAGGUGGUACGAUUAUUGGAUCAGCUCGGUGCAUGGACUUCAAAGAAAGAGAAGGCCGUCUGAAAGCUGCUUAUAAUCUAGUGACUCGUGGUAUUACGAAUUUAGUAGUAAUUGGAGGCGAUGGUUCACUCACUGGUGCUAAUCUCUUCAGACAGGAAUGGUCAAGUCUGCUUGAUGAGUUACUUAAAACCAAUAAAAUUACUAAAGAUCAAAGAGAAAAGUAUAAGCACUUGCAUAUUGCAGGAAUGGUAGGAUCUAUUGACAAUGAUUUUUGUGGUACAGAUAUGACAAUAGGAACUGACUCUGCUCUGCAUCGUAUCAUUGAAGCCAUAGAUGCUAUUGUAAGCACAGCAUACUCCCAUCAAAGGACAUUCAUUAUGGAGGUCAUGGGAAGACACUGCGGUUAUCUGGCAUUAGUGGCUGCUCUGGCGAGCGAGGCAGACCAAGUUUUCAUUCCUGAGGACCCUGUUCCCAAUAAUUGGGUUGAAAAGCUAUGUAAACAGUUGCAACAGGAGAGGAAAUCUGGUCAACGGUUGAAUAUCAUCAUCGUGGCGGAAGGAGCUAUCGAUCGUGAAGGAAAGCCCAUAACAGCUGAACUGGUGAAGAAGGUGGUAGUGGAUAAUCUGCAACAAGACACACGCAUCACGGUCCUAGGUCAUGUGCAGCGUGGAGGAUCUCCCUCUGCUUUUGAUAGAAUUCUGGGUUGUCGUAUGGGUGCUGAGGCAGUAAUGGCACUGAUGGAAGCAACUCCAGAAACUGAACCUUGUGUGGUGUCCCUUGAUGGCAAUCAAGCCGUGCGGCUGCCGCUUAUGGAAUGUGUGCGACGCACUAAAGCUGUUGCUCAAGCUAUGGCAGAUAAAAACUGGGAUUUAGCAGUGCAAUUGCGCGGGCGCAGUUUUGCUCGUAAUUUGGAAACCUACAAGAUGUUAACUCGAUUGAAGCCGCCAAAAGAAGCCUUCGACGAAUCCGGAAAGCCUUCCGAGGGCUAUACAUUGGCGGUGAUGCACGUUGGAGCGCCUGCAUGCGGUAUGAACGCAGCAGUGCGCUCGUUCGUACGAAACUGCAUCUACCGCGGCGACACCGUGCUGGGUAUACAUGAUGGCAUCGAGGGAUUAGUCAGCGGCAACAUUGUCAAGAUGGAUUGGUCUGAUGUAACUGGUUGGGUCGCUCAAGGCGGAGCAUUCUUAGGCACGAAACGAACAUUACCAGGAGACAAGAAGAAAGAAAUAGCUGCACGCAUCAAGCAGUUCAAUAUUCAAGGACUCCUCAUUAUUGGUGGCUUUGAGGCUUAUCAAGCUGGUUUAGAACUAUACGAAUCCCGAAGCCAGUUCGCCGAGUUCUGCAUCCCGUUGGUGAUCAUUCCCUCUACGAUCAGCAACAAUGUACCCGGCACCGAUUUCUCUCUUGGCGCUGAUACCGCUCUCAACGAGAUUACUGAAAUUUGCGACCGAAUCCGGCAGUCUGCCCAGGGAACUAAACGUCGUGUUUUCGUUAUUGAAACUAUGGGAGGGUACUGUGGUUAUUUGGCUACUUUAGCAGGUUUAGCUGGAGGCGCUGACGCAGCAUACAUAUAUGAAGAAAAGUUUUCAAUCCAAGAUUUACAGCAGGAUCUGUAUCACAUGGCGUCGAAGAUGACUGGCGGUAUACAGCGGGGACUUAUUUUGAGGAAUGAGAAGGCCAAUGAUAAUUACAACACAGACUUCAUAUACCGCUUGUACUCUGAAGAGGGCAAGGGAUUAUUCACAGCCAGAAUGAAUGUACUAGGUCACAUGCAGCAAGGUGGUUCACCAUCGCCCUUCGACCGCAAUAUGGGCACCAAAUUGGCGGCAAAGUGCCUUCAUUGGCUUGUUGAAACAUUACAGAAGGGUCCGGCCAAUACGCCCGAAUCUGCCUGCUUGCUGGGUGUUGUCAAACGGCAAUACAAAUUCACACCUCUCGAAGAACUCAAAACCCAGACUAACUUUGCACAAAGAAUUGCCAAGCAGCAAUGGUGGAUGAAGCUUCGUCCGUUGCUGCGUAUCCUCGCCAAACACGAUUCCACAUACCAAGAAGAGGGCUUGUACAUGACGGUUGAACAAGGCGAAAUCGAUUCCGAUAAUGUUAUAUAAAUACUCAAUGGAAAAUGAUCUGUGGCUUAUAUUUAGAAUAUUAUUAAUCUAUUCACAUGCAAAGCAAUUUAUUUCUUAUAAGUAUAUUUUUUGAUAUUGCAAAGAAACAAUUUCUAAAUAAUUAUACAAUUUACACAACAUACAUUUAGCUGUACAGUAAAUACAGAUUACAGAUUACUAUAUUUAGCCUAGAUUUGCAUGUAAAAUUGACUAUAAAUUAACUAACUUCAACAAACAAAAGUGUGUAAAGUGCCAUUGCUGGUUAAAAACAAAUUGGCAGUAUAGUGUAAUGUUAUUUCAUUAUAUUUUUAAUUCGUGACAUUAAAUUAUUAGCAUGUUAGACUACAUAACACGGGGGUGAAAAAUAUAAAAUUAAUAAAAAAAACUAGGGGCUAUAGAAAGAUGUUUACUUUAAGUAAUAGACAUAAUGCAUACAUUUCUUUUAAAAUAUAUAAGAAAAAUAUAAAAUAUGUAGGUAAACAAUGGUGAAUUAAUAUUAGCUAUUUAGACUGUAUUACCUAUUAAACUAAUUUAUUAUCUUAGGUUUUUAUAUUAAUUAGGUGUCAUGUAUAGUAUUAUAGAUGUUUAAUAUGAAAAAAUUAUGUCUUAUUUCGUAUGCAGGCAGCAAAUGUAGCUUACAUAAAUAUUAUAAAUUAUUUUCUAGCAAAUGUAAAAAUUCUGACAUUUAUUUAUAAACAGGUAUUGAAAAU